AUUUUUACUUUGUAAAAAAGGCUUCCCCCAUAUAGCAACAUGCCCCAUUUCACAUACUCCUUAUAUUCUUUCAGCUUUCUUUACUUCCUGUUAUUCAAACAUGACCCGUUUUAAUUUACCCAAAUAAAAAGACGAUGAUGUCGGAACUAAGUAUCUCGAUGACUUCUUUACUCCGGAACAUAAACAUGAGCGUGCCGAGGAAAAUGAUGACUUGAGUGAAAGUAAUUUGCGACGUGGUGGAAGAGCCUUAGGCUUCAGCAGGAUAUGAAGUCUCUGAAGUUUCGUUGGCUUUUUCUCCUCCUGAUCACCGUUUCUCUGCUGCUCUGGUACAAUCACAUUACCAAAACAGGAGAAGUAGAUCUGGGACUUCGUAGCUACGUGAGAAUUUCACCUGGCAAGUCAAGUUCACGCUACCUGGUGCUGCACUGUGCCCGCUGCGCCGUGGUCUCCAGCUCGGGCCAGGUGCUAGGCAGCAGACGUGGGCGUGAGAUUGACGGGCAUGAAUGCGUGAUCCGCAUGAACGCAGCGCCGACACAUGGCUUUGAGGCUGAUGUGGGCAACAGGACGACUGUCCGUGUCGUCUCACACUCCAGCGUGCGACGCCUGCUGCACCUUGAGGCCUUUUUCUUCAAGCAAGAGGCAAACACACACUAUGUGGUUUGGGGUCCUGAGCGGAACAUGAGGCACGACGGCAAGGGACGAGUGUUCAAUCUGCUGACAAAACUGGCAUGGAAAUACCCGGACGCGCACAUCUAUGCUGUGAGCAGGGAGAAGAUGAUGCAGUGUGAUCGCAUCUUCCAGAACGAGACCGGCAAGAACAGAAUGAAGUCGGGUGCAUUCCUCAGCACCGGAUUUUUCACUAUGAUUUUUGCGCUGGACGUGUGCGACAGCAUUAACGUUUAUGGGAUGAUAGAUGGCUCAUAUUGCAGUCUCACCAAUUACUCUUCAGUGCCCUAUCACUAUUACGAGUCGAAUCGUCUGGACGAGUGUGGCAUGUACAAAGUGCACGAGCGUGUGCGGAGAGGCGGUCAUCGCUUCAUCACAGAGAAACAGAUCUACAGACGCUGGGCCUCACAGGGAAAAUUAAAAUUCCAAUAUCCAAAGUGGUGAACUGAACAAGAACCCAGACACCUCCGUGCUAAGGAAUAACGCACUUAGAGUCCUUCCUCAAACUGCAGUAAGACGUCCAAAAAAAGACGAAAGCGGAACCAUCAUAGGAACUGUAAUCAUGUUACAUUAAUUUUCAACCAUUUCAAUAUUUAUCCAUUUCAUCUAGCUUUUGAUUUACUGUUGAUUAAUUACAGCAGCUGGUCUGUUUUUAUUUUUUAUUUUUGUUUUGUUAUGUUUCUGAUUUCAUAAGGAAGCCCAAAGGGGAAAUCAGCAUUUAUCUUCCUUUGAAUAGUAUUAUUUUUAAGGCUGCACUUGUUGUUAAGCCGUGUGAGAUCACAUGAGGCAUCAUGUUACAGGAGAUAUGACAAAAUGAGAGUGGUUAUAUGAGGUUACAUACGGCUAUGCCUGAUAGUUUCAUGAGGCUGUGUGAAGUUAUACAGCUUUUCCUACAAGUGCUAUGGUUACUAAUCUGAAUCCAGAUGUGUCUGGUCCUGGUGUCUGUGUGUGUUUCUCAUCUGUAAAAAUAAGAGUUCCCUGUUGGACUUUGGGUGGUGACUUAUAACAGGUACCGAAUCCAAAUGAUACAAAAACAGGAACAUUGCUUAUUUUACACUAAAGGGGCAAGAAUAAAGUAGCAUACAGUUUGCACUAUAAAUAAGCAGUUCAUCUCUCAAAUUCUGAUGACUGCACUGUGCCAAAAUUAGUGGUUCCUCUAUUUUACAGACCUGCCAACCUUUACGCGUUUUGCGUGGAAAGCGCAUUUUAACAUAAACGCACGGUGUUGAGUUAACCAGUCUAUGGCUUUGGCUGAAUGAGUGUUGUGAUGACGUCCCAUGAUGCGUCUUGGCCCAAAUCUGUGGGGGAAAAAAAGAAAAUCUGCAAUAAUUUUGAAAAAUUUGCAACCUCCUCCAAAUAUUGCAGAGUUUGCUUGAGUUUACGUUAAUUUUUUCAAAAAAGCUUGAAAUCCUGGAGGGUUUGGUUAACACUCAAAAUUACACAAAAAGAGGCUUUUUUUCCCCUCUAUAAAUAUGUUAAAAUAAACCAGUCAACAUGUGAAUAUGAAAUGAUUGACAGUUGUGCAAGUGUUUUGAACUCUCCAGUAUUAGUCCCGCCCCUUUCCUUUAUCUCACAUUAGUCUCGGCUCCUCUUGAGUGCCUUCGCUUUCUGUUAAGGUAAAUGGAGAAGAUUUAGUGUACCUUUGUGCGAAAUAAAAUCCAUCAACAUUUGCUCAACAGUAGCUUUAUACUGUAUUGGUAAUAUCGGUUAAAAUUUUGUCUGAAAAUAUUAAAAAACGCCAUAUUUUCUGCCAAAAGAGAAAAUUAAUUUUCUGUAUUUAAUAAUUUAAUACACUUUGUGUAAAAUUGAACACUUUACAAAUAAUUGAUAGUGUUUUAAAACACAGCAUGAGCUCCUGGAACGGCCACUGCAGCUGCAUUCAAAUAUAUACAUGAGGUUUUACGGUAACUAGAAGGCAAGCGGCUGCUCCGGCCAACCCCCAAGCUCCCCAUGAUUACUGUAAAACACCAUAUAUACAUGCACUACAUUUUCUACCAUAUGCAAAUGAUCUGUAAAAGAACUAUGUUAAAAAUGUAUUGUUUUUACAAACACCACCACGCCCGCUGGGACAAACCCUAGGUCUGAUUUUGGAUCCUCUGAGCUGCAAUAGAACUGCUUCAGAGGUAAAUGCAGCCAAAUCAGUUAAGCUACUGGUCAACAAUGUAAAUUACCAAAUGUAGAACUCGAAACAAAGAUCACAGCAAAAUUUUGCAGACAAAAAACAGGUCUGAAGGCUGAUCGUGGAAUCUUUGGCUAGUUGCGCUUGCUAACUUCAGGAACCAACACAGGAAAACAGGGAAUUACACACUGCUGCUUUAAUCUUUUUUCUUUUCAGAUUUAACAUCAGUAUUACUAAAAGCAGGAGUGUUCCCCUUUGAAAGCCUUGAAUUGCAUACAGACACUUGCAGUGUGAUAAUGUUUACAGACCGAUGACUGUCUAGCAGGUCUGAGCGAUAAUAUAUUCAAAAUAGAUCAUAUUUUAUUAUUAUUAUAGGCCCUUUAUAAUGCUGUCUCUACUCCUGCAGUUCAUUCGGCAGGAAUCUGGGCAGAACUGUUGCUCUGACUGAGGAAUAUGUUUACAAAAGUUAACUGCAUAUAUCAUAGCUUUCAUAACCUCAUUCUCAUGUUGAAAUUUGAAACUACUGAUCUUACGAGCAACAUACGAAUGCUCCUAACUUGCAUUAGCUAUUUAAUCUAGCUAUGUUAGUCAUUUCACUGUUUGAUACAAGACCUAACCUCUAUAAAACAUGAAAUAAGAAAUAAGUUUGAUUUAAAAUGUCUAAUUUGACAGGUACAGAUCAAUACGCAAAUGAUAAUAAUGCAUAUAUAAAAAUGUAACAUUGGCAUAUGCAUUCUGGUCAAACCAAAGGAAUCCAUGAACAUGCUGCUCUUUUAUUUAUCUGCUUCUAUGUUUCAUUCAUUCAUAUGAAAUUCUCAACAGGAAAUAUGCUAGCUAAAAUGUUUACCUGUACAGACUGUGAUCACAGCCAUGGAUCGCAGUCAUGGAUAUUUCACUGGAAUUUUAACAAAUGUUUUAUGAUAAACUGAUACUGCUGUUACAUUAAAACCUGUUCUAGGAAUGUAUUAUUUAAUUUUUUUUCCCCCCCCCUAUGAUUUCCCUGCUUCUUUUGAGCUAAAACAUUAUGUGGGAUUUUUAAAGCACUGAUUCUCAUUUUAUUUACGCUAUUAUGCAUAUUGAAUGUGUCUCGUGUUACAAACUACAAAGCAAUCUGUUGUUUUAAUGGCACUUUAUGCAGUAUGUAAAUUGCUCUCUGUUUAUGAGCUAGGCUUUUAUGUAGAGAAUGUCAGCUAAUUUGUGUGGAUUAUGCAUGUUUUGUAUUUUUAAGCUGUACAUUGCACUUUCAGUUAUGUAGUACAGGAAGUCUCUUUCACUUUAUUUGCUUAAAAAAUGUUAUGUUAGGAAAAGAUUAUUAAUGUCAUAAUGGCCUGGGAAAACCCUUUACAUUCAAAUUUUUUCCUUUUUUUUUUUUUUUUUUUUUUUUUUUUUUUUACAAUUAGUUCUGAAAAGUAUGACAUAAAUUAGAGAAACAAUACAUUUAAAUUUGUAGCUGCAAUAAUAAAAAUGUACGACUGGUCCAUUGUUGUCAAUAGCCCCUUCUACUGCUACCUUAAACCUGAUACAUUUUUAACACCUAUUUGCAAAAAAUAAUGCAAAAAUAUAAAUAAAUAAAUAAAUAAAUAAAUAAAUAAAUAAAUAUAGUUUUCAUUUGACUCACCCUUGCAAUUCAAACAGAAGUAAAGUUCUAAUAUUUUGAAAUCUGAGAGAGCAUUGUAAAUUACAGAGUCUGUUCUGACCAGCACAGGUGCAUUGUUGAAAUUUUGACAGCUAGUAUACAUAAAAAUAUUUUGGCCCAAACCUUAUUUUUCAUUUCUUGCUUGUUUGCGAGAAUUCAGCCACAGCAACAUCCAAUGUGUUUUCCCAGUCCACCACACAAUUUGCUGUAGUGUCAAUAUUUAUUUUGUAUUAUAUGUGCUAUAGCAGCAUUUGAUGUAUGAAAUUAGAUUUAUGUCGAAAGAAUUGAAAAUCAUUUUUGGAGUAUCAAAAUAAUUGAAACUCCUCGACGAAACAUGGGAAUUAGUCUUCAAAAACAAAAGCCCUUUUUGUUUACAGUGUUCUGCUCUUUAUUUUGUCUGUUCUUCACCAUCACCUUUACUAGUUCACUGUCGGCUUUUUCCUUUCUGGUAGUGCGGUUUUCAGUUAUAAUUCGGGCACAAAUUUCUUGAGUGGCCUGGUUUUACAGGAUUACAGGAUCUCUAUUGACUAAUGAGGUUUGGAGUGACGUCUCAGUUCUUUCGCAGUAGAAAGAAAGUGUUCUGUGCUAAGUGAGGUCAACUAGCUAGCGCACUUUAAAGCGGUUGUAACGUGACCAUUUAAUGUGAUUUUGGAUGAUGAUGAAGUUUUGGGAAGUAAAAUAAUGCUGUUUGCUAAUGUCUCAGAUAUUUGUGAAAUGAUUCAAAAGUCUUUCUUGAGAUUUUUUACAUAUAAAAUCACUAAAAAAAAAAAAACACUUGGAAAGUUAGAACACUUGGAAAAACACUUCGCUUUCUAAAAUGUUUUUUUUUUUAAAUCCUUUAUGAAAGUGAGACCUUCUGUUGUAGAGUUUCCCAACGAGUGACAACCAGAAAAACCUUUACUUUCCUAGAUGGAACCUUUGCUUUUAUUAUGAUACUUUUAAAAAAAAUUACAUUUAAUCCUUUCAACACAAAUCUGAUUUCAUAAUUUAGUCCUCAAAUAUGUCUGUAGAAAAAAAUGCUGCUUGCUUUCUUAUUUUUGUCUCUUUUUUUAAUGUCAAAAUAAUAUAAAUAAUAUAUUAUGUUAUUAUAUUAUAUUAUUAUAUUAUAUAUUAAUAUAUAUAUAAUAUAUAAUAUAUUUGCUAUAACUAUAGUUUCUAUUUGUCAUUUGGUCCUUAAUAUUUUCAGCCAAUCUGAUGUAACCUGUAUUUUACUUUAAACUGUAAAUCUUAUUUUUUUUUAACCUUGAUGCAUAUAAUGCAUUGAGCUACCUGAACAUUUGUUAUUAAUAACUAAAAAGCUGCUUUACACCUACUGUGAUUUUACAAUCUCCAACAAUAUUUCGCAUCUAUAUUUUCAGUAAACAUAAAGCUGGGGUCGUAGGAUUAUGUCCUGAACCAAUUGUUGUUGUUGUUUGUUUUAAAAAUUUUUUAAACAAUUCUUUUAAUUGUAAAAUUUAUUUGAUUUAUUUAAUUCACCACAACUAGAUUUGCAUCCAGAAAUAUUUGUGUAGCAACAUUUCAAGCCCUACAGCAGGACUGCCCUGAUAAAUGAUUCAUCUCAUCAGUUUCGAUCAGGGAAAUCACACUGUACUUGACACCAGUGCCCAAUGUUCUGGGACUGGAGUUGUGCACCACUGCAGCACACAUUCAUGCUUUUAUACUGUCACUUUAAUGUAACCAGGCAACCUUUGAUACAACUUUGAUAUAACAGCAUAUGUUUUUGGCUAAGAAAAUGAAUAUGUGUAUGCUAAUAGCUAGUUAAAUGUAUUGUAUUUCUAAUUCAUAAUCCAGUUAAAUCACUAAUAACACAUAAAACUGCAUUGUCAAACAUCUUUAAAAUAAAGUAUCUGCUUUGCCAAGACUUUGACUCCUUUG